AUGAAACAAUUCAGUACAUUUUUAUCUACAUUAUUUUUAGCUUUGUUCUUCAGCUUCACUAGUGCUGACAGCGGUGACGAAAACAAUCGUGGUGCAAUUCGUGAAAGCACUGGGUGUGCUAUCAGCAGCUCACCAAUUGGUUCUGGUUUCAAUGCUAAGUUCUAUAAUUACACUUACGCUCAAAUGUACUCACAAGGCUUUGCUGAGUACGAAUUUGCUGAUAAUGGUAUUUUAGUUGGUGAAGCUUCAGAUAUCACUAAUAUUACCGUUGAUUGGCCAAGUGAUGCUGAUGGCGUCCAGUACAGUCAAGUUUAUGGUGUUGAUAUCUCAAUUACCAACUUCACCUUGGAACUUACCGGUUAUUUCUACGCUGCAGAAUCUGGUUUCUAUGACUUUGACUUCCACAGUACUGAUGACGUUGUCGUCUUAUAUCUUGCUAACAAUGCUGCAUUCGACUGUUGUAACAGUGCCAAACUUUCUAAGAAUGCCGACUAUGAUAACAGAGUCAUCUACACUGCUGGUUCUAUUGCCAAUGAAGGCACGGACUAUGAUGAUUCCAGACAAACAUACCUCGAAGGUGGUUACUACUAUCCAACAAGAAUUGCUUAUGUCAACAUGGUUCAAUUUUCCCAUUUGCAGUUGAUCAUUACCACUCCAAGUGGUAAAAAGAUUGAAACAUUUGCUGAAAGUGUUUUCCAAUUCAAUGAAGAGGAUUCCACUUGUAGCACCAUCACUGCCAAUUCCCCAGGUUCUACCACUACUACUACCAUGCCAUGGACGCAAACCGUCACUUCUUCUUACACCACCACUGCUUCUGAUCCAAGUUCUCCAAUUAUAGUCGUUGUUGAAACUCCUGAGCCUCGUGUUACCAUCACUAAAGGUUGGUCUGGCUCAUAUGUUUCCUCUUCUACUGCCUUUCCAACUGAUUUGAGCGAGACCAUCAGUGUUUUCGUUGCCGUUCCUACCGUUACCACUGUUACCAGUAGCUCAUACUGGACAGGCAAUUACAACUAUAUUGUUACCACAAUCACUGGCGCUGCUGCCGCUGGUGGUUCUGGCUCUGGCUCUGGCUCUGGCUCUGGCUCUGGCUCUGGCUCUGGCUCUGGCUCUGGCUCUGGCUCUGGCUCUGGCUCUGGCUCUGGCUCUGGCUCUGGCUCUGGUUCUGGUUCUGGUUCUGGUUCUGGUUCUGGUUCUGGUUCUGGUAUUGAAAUCCAAACCAACGUUGUUGUAUUAGCUGUUCCUGAUUCUACUACCACUCUCACUUCGUCCUGGACUGGCCUCUACAAUUCUUGCUCAAGUACUUUCAGUUCUGCUUCAUCUUUGAAUACUACCUCUAGUGUUUCUACCUCUAGCUCAAGUACUGUCAGUUCUGCUCCAUCUUUGAAUACUACCUCUAGUGUUUCUACCUCUAGCUCAAGUACUGUCAGUUCUGCUCCAUCUUUGAAUACUACCUCUAGUAUUUCCACCUUUACUACCUCUAGUGUUUCUACCUCUAGCUCAAGUACUGUCAGUUCUGCUCCAUCUUUGAAUACUACCUCUAGUAUUUCCACCUUUACUACCUCUAGUGUUUCUACCUCUAGCUCAAGUACUGUCAGUUCUGCUCCAUCUUUGAAUACUACCUCUAGUGUUUCUACCUCUAGCUCAAGUACUGUCAGUUCUGCUCCAUCUUUGAAUACUACCUCUAGUAUUUCCACCUUUACUACCUCUAGUGUUUCUACCUCUAGCUCAAGUACUGUUAGUUCUGCUCCAUCUUUGAAUACUACCUCUAGUAUUUCCACCUUUACUACCUCUAGUGUUUCUACCUCUAGCUCAAGUACUGUUAGUUCUGCUCCAUCUUUGAAUACUACCUCUAGUAUUUCCACCUUUGCUCCAUUGACUUCUAGCUCAAUUCCUAUCACUGUCACUAAAACCGUUACUUCUUGCGAUUCAAUUGGAUGUGUCUUGAUGACCUCAACCGCCACCAUUACUUCAACUUCCUGUGCAAAUAGUGCUGUUUCUACUAAUGUCCCUCCUGUUUCUACCCAUUCAUCAAUUUCCAGUUCUAGCCCACUUUUGACUACUUCUACCGAUGUUGUUCAUAUUACAGCCACUACUGUUGAAACCAUUACUUCUUGUGGUCCAGAUGGUUGUUCCUUAGUUACCUCCACUGCCACUGUUGUUCCAACCUCCAGCUCAAGUGAUCUUUCUGCUACUGUCUCUCCUGUUUCAUCCCAUUCAUCAAUUUCCAGUUCUAGCCCACUUUUGACUACUUCUACCGAUGUUGUUCAUAUUACAGCCACUACUGUUGAAACCAUUACUUCUUGUGGUCCAGAUGGUUGUUCCUUAGUUACCUCCACUGCCACUGUUGUUCCAACCUCCAGCUCAAGUGAUCUUUCUGCUACUGUCUCUCCUGUUUCAUCCCAUUCAUCAAUUUCCAGUUCUAGCCCACUUUUGACUACUUCUACCGAUGUUGUUCAUAUUACAGCCACUACUGUUGAAACCAUUACUUCUUGUGGUCCAGAUGGUUGUUCCUUAGUUACCUCCACUGCCACUGUUGUUCCAACCUCCAGCUCAAGUGAUCUUUCUGCUACUGUCUCUCCUGUUUCAUCCCAUUCAUCAAUUUCCAGUUCUAGCCCACUUUUGACUACUUCUACCGAUGUUGUUCAUAUUACAGCCACUGCUGUUGAAACCAUUACUUCUUGUGGUCCAGAUGGCUGUUCCUCAGUUAUCUCUACUACUACUGCCGGUUCAGAUGAUGCUGUUUCCGUUACUGGUUCUCCAUCUAUCAACACCAUCCAAUCUUCAACUUCAACUGAUAUGGUUUACAAACAUGUCACUGUUACCAACACUAUUACCUCUUGUGGUUCAGAAGGAUGUAUUGCGAUCACUACUACCAGUAUUGGCGUUUCAUCAUCAACUGCCGCUGUCUAUGUUUCAGAGUCAUCUUCCACCGCUAAUAGUCCAAGUCUUGAACAAGAAGUCACCACUCAAUCUAAGUCUACCUUUUCCAUUGCAACCGCUUCCUCUUCUUCUUCAACUACCACUGCAGAAUUGCAAACCUUUCAAGCUUCAGGUUCCCAAUUGACCUCUAGUUUUGUCUCUGCUUUGGCCGUUUUUGCUUCUUUAGUCUUUAUUUUCUAA